GCUCUCUGCAUCCUCAGAGGGAGGAGAAGGGUGUAUGGAGAAGCUGAAGUCUUCCUUGAAGUCACUCCAAGGAGCCAUCACCAACAUAAAGCCCAGUCCAACAUGCAUCCAAGAACCUAAAACCCAGUCCUUCAGAGAAGUAGGCAUCCACUCCAGCUUCUGUCGCCUGUAUUGUGACUUUGCAGCCGCCUCAGCUUCCUCCUCUGAUCAUCUCAAGCUCAACCAUCAGCCACCUAUCGGUAUACUUGUCCUUCAACCCGACGAGGAAAACGUCUGUAGCGACGCCCCAACCAUGUCCUCCUCUUCCUCCACCUCCCCCACCCGAAGCACCCGAGAGAACGACGACGUGGAUAACCUCCCGUUGGGGCCGAUAAGCUCCAAGAGGUUCUUCUUCUCCCCGCGAACCACCAACUGCAUCAUGGAGGAGGCCAAGCCGGGCACAGGUGUACGACAGUUGGCGGACACGAAGAGCCGAAACGAUUCCUUCUGCGAUGGAAGCAUGACGGUUACGAUGGACUCGCAGGACCCCUACUGCGACUUCAGGGCGUCGAUGGAGGAGAUGGUGGCGGCGCACGAGCUGUGGGACUGGCGUUGCCUUCAGGAACUGUUACAUUGCUACCUGAGGUUGAACGAGGAGAAGCAGCACAAGGUCAUCGUGCUGGCGUUCAUGGAUCUGCUAAUGCAACCCAUGUCCCGAACCAAGGAAGGCCACCCUUCUGCUCCUCGCCAUCUUACUUGGUACCCCGGUGAGAUGUAAAGCUACCAAUCAAUAUGGUAAGAUGUGACUAUUAUCAAGCACUCUGUGGUUUUCCUUUUCUUGGUGGAAGGGAUUUUGC